AGUGUAAACGUCAUUUUCUAUAAUCUUUGGAAGAAAUGGAUGUCAAGGAACAAGAGAAACAAAAUGAAAAUAUUCGAGAACGAAUGCUCGACGUGCAACAAAUACAAAUAGCAGAAUGUCCUUCUAACUCACCGUGGAUUAGACCUGUUCGAAUACAUUACCAACAAGAUGGUCACCAACGAGACUGGGACGUGGUAAGGGCACACGACGGUGUCAGUAUAGUUGUGUUCAAUACAAGCCGCAAGAAACUCGUGUUUGUCCGACAAUUUCGUCCUGCCUACUUCUACACAUUCCUUCCGGAGAAACACGGACCGGUGGAUCUAAAACAGUAUCCACCGAGGUUAGGGUUGACCUUAGAACUUUGCGCCGGUAUCGUGGAUAAAGAUAAAUCAUUAGCCGAAAUAGCAAAGGACGAGCUCAAAGAAGAAUGUGGAUACGAUGCUCCGCUGAACUCUUUUGAAUAUGUCAUUACUUUCAGAUAUGUUUCCACUUCAGUCUGCAAGCAUACACUCUUCUAUGUGGAAGUUACAGAUGAAAUGCAUACUUAUCCUGGAGGGGGUGCUGCAUCUGAAGGGGAACUGAUCGAACUGGUGGAACUAAGCAUCCCAGAGGUAAAACAAUACAUCAAUUCUAAGGAAGUAGAAAGUCCCCCGUGUUUACUAUACGGUAUAACCUGGUUCUUAGCUAAUAAAUCUAAAUAUUGUUAAUAAUUUAAAAUUAAAUUCCUUUAAAAUUUGUUCAAACUCUAAAUAAAAGGUUUAUCCUUUAA